GGGCGGGGCCACAGCUGACCAUGGCGGGCGAGCUUGAGGGUUCCAAACCUCUGAGCGGGCUGCUGAGCGGCCUGGCCCAAGAAGCUUUCCACGGGCAUCAAGGCAUCACAGAAGAGCUGCUGCGGAGCCAGCUGUAUCCGGAGGUGUCACUGGAGGAGUUCCGCCCCUUUCUGGCUAAGAUGAGAGGGAUUCUUAAGUCGAUUGCAUCUGCAGACAUGGAUUUCAACCAGCUGGAGGCAUUCUUGACUGCUCAAACCAAAAAGCAAGGUGGGAUCACAUGUGACCAAGCUGCUGUCAUUUCCAAAUUCUGGAAAAGCCAUAAGACAAAAAUUCGAGAGAGCCUCAUGAACCAGAGCCGUUGGGACAGUGGGCUUCGAGGCCUGAGUUGGAGAGUUGAUGGCAAAUCGCAGUCAAGGCAUUCAGCUCAAAUACACACUCCUGUUGCCAUAAUGGAGCUGGAAAUAGGGAAAAGUGGACAGGAAUCUGAAUUUCUGUGUUUGGAAUUUGAUGAAGUCAAAGUCAAUCAACUUCUAAAGAAGCUGUCAGAGGUAGAAGAAAGUAUCAGCACACUGAUGCAGCCAGCCUAGCUGAAGAUGGAAGUGUUAAAGCAAAGGUGUUUAUGAUCCCUUCCCAGUGAGCUGGGGCAUUUUGUUGUUGUUUUUUAAGAUCCUAUUCCCCCAUUAGUAUUAAAUCCUCAAAUUCAAAUUUUGCCUA